CCCAACCCAACAUCCAAAACGUUGAAGUUCUUUUUGCUUUUUUGGCUCUAAUAUUAUAUUACCCCUAUUUACGGCCAAAAAAGUGCAACACGAUCGUAGAGGCCUUCCAAAAGCGUCCCUUAGGAUGGAAUGCGUGUUGCUUGGAGGCCGAAUACCAGCACUUCUCCCAGGCCAAUCUACUUCAUAUGCAUCCCAGGCAGGCAUGAGACCCAGGCCGCCCUUCGCCAUAGUCAAACACCGUGUUCUUAUAUUGGGGCCUCCUCUGGCGAUGCUCGUUGGCGACUUGGUCCAAACUAACUGCCAAAUCAGAUGGGGUCCAUGUUUCAAACUUUCACACGGAUGGCCGGGCUUCGUGUCAGUGUGUUCGGCCAAGAGCUAUUUGGCUCGAUCAAAACUUGCAGCUGGAUUACAACCCAAGCUGCCAAGCCACCUGGGUCAAAUGGCGGCGUCGCAUAUACGUACGGUAUUCUCUAUUCCACAGCAUUGCGAAUACAUGCGCUCUAGAUAUCCUUCAGAACCGUGGCUUGCGGAAGCUGCGGCACAAGAAAUGGAAAACUUCGAUCAGGAUCCGUAUUGCGAACACUAGAGGAUGUGGCUAGCAGCGGCAUGAUCAACCUUGGAGAGAGGCAGGCGCAUGACUGUGCUCCUGUUAGGAAAUCCGAUUUCCUGCCCCACGCCAGCCAUGAUCAUUACAUCAGGUUCUGAUUUUAUCUCGACAAAAGCG